UUCCACCUCACACUCAAAACUGAAACCCUGAAACGGAAUAUAGAGACGAGUUGGCCAAGUUGGGGAUCCCUCUGUGUUUCUCUCUCUAAAACGGCGGAGUGUACGUGUCCGUAUCGCAGGCUGAUGAACCCAAAACCCCCCAGCCUGACCUUCGUCUUCUUCCAAUUCCUCAAAAUCCCAACUCCGUGACAACAUUUUCUCUCUCAACAUCUCUCUCUCUAUAUAUAUAGUGGUUUGAUGGUUUAGGACUUUGAUGGGGGCUAACACUUCUGCUAUUCCAUCAGACCACGACGAGCCCAACCGGCGAUUGAAGCCCAAUCUCGGCGACAUACCUGAGAGCUGUGUCGCUGUGGUUCUGGGAUAUUUGGACCCGCCGGAGAUCUGCAACUUGGCCCGGUUGAAUCGGGUCUUUCGCGGCGCUUCGUCGGCCGAUUUCAUUUGGGAACCGAAAUUGCCCUCCAAUUACAGGUAUAUUACGGAGAAAUUGUGGGAUGAUAGUGGGGGUAAUUUGGGGAAGAAGGAUAUUUAUGCGAGGCUCUGUCGGCCCAAUCCAUUCGAUGGUGGCACAAAGGAACUUUGGGUUGACAAGAGUUCUGGUGGUGUUCUUUUGUCGAUUUCGUCAAAGGCGUUGACCAUCACAGGGAUUGAUGAUCGGAGAUAUUGGAAUCAUAUUUCAACAGAAGAAUCUAGAUUCCAGACAGUUGCAUAUCUUCAACAAAUCUGGUGGCUCGAAGUAGUAGGAGACUUUGAGUUCCAAUUUCCGGAAGGAACAUAUAGUCUAUUCUUCAGACUCCAGCUCGGAAGGGCCACAAAAAGACUGGGUCGUCGGGUUUGUAAUCCUGACCAGAUCCAUGGCUGGGAUGUAAAACCUGUGCAAUUCCAGCUAACCACAUCCGAUGGUCAACAUGCUAUAUCCCGGUGUUUUUUGGACAAUCCAGGGAACUGGGUACACUACCAUGCAGGAGAUUUUGUUGUUGAGCAGCCUAAAGAAUUGACAAAGAUCAAAUUUUCUUUGACUCAGAUCGACUGCACUCAUACUAAAGGUGGUCUGUGUGUGGAUUCGGUUUUGAUAUGCCCUAGUAGUUUGGGCAAAGAGUUCAGUGGAUCUUUUAUGUAGGUGAUGAGGAAACCGGAUCCCUUCCAUAGGAGAGCAUCCUGUGCUAUGGUCUUGUGUCGCUAGUGCACUAGUAUCCUAGUGCAACAGCCUCAUCACGAAUUGCAACACCAUGAAAUGACGAUGUAACAAUGGAAUUGUUGCAUAAGCGAUGUAAAGGCACCAGAGAGAAUCCAGGUUUGGUGGUGAGAACUGUAAAUAUAGAAGCAUGGCAGGUGGGUUUUUAGGGGCCCGUAGUGUUUGUAUUCCUUGAAGCAAUCUGUAUUAUUAUUAUUAUUAUUAUUAUUAUUAUUAUUGUUAUUAUU